UUUGGUGGAGAACGGAGGUAGAAGACGAGCCGGAGCUGAGGUCAUUCUCUUAGCAGCAGCAGCAGCAGCAGCAGCAGAGGAGGCGUGCGCCACAAACCUCUGCAUGUGCCGCCCGAGCCCAGGAGAGGAGAGAAGAAGAAAGCCCCCCUCGGUCUUUGUAAGCAAAGGAGUGUAGGAUGAAGGAGAUGAAUAAGACGUAUGCCAUUGUGGAAGUUAUUGAAGGAGAACAGAUUCAGCUGCUCCCGCUUUCCAGCAGCCACCUGGACGUCUACACGGGUCCUGGGAUGAAGGUGCCAACUAUCGGAAUGACAAGCAACUCCUGUCCCGCCAACCUGACCAUCAAGCGAGAAUUGUCAGACACAGAAGCCCGUGCGCUGGCCAAGGAGAGACAGAAGAAAGACAACCACAAUCUAAUUGAAAGGAGGAGAAGAUUCAACAUUAAUGAUCGAAUCAAAGAGCUGGGAACCAUGAUUCCCAAAACCAAUGACCUCGAUGUACGUUGGAACAAAGGUACUAUACUGCGCGCAUCUGUAGAUUAUAUCAAACGCAUGCAGAAGGAUGUGCAGAGAUCCAGAGAGGUGGAAAAUAACUUCAAAAGGAUGGAGAUGGCCAACAAACAGCUUAUGCUACGUAUCCAGGAGCUGGAGAUGCAGGCUCAACUACAUGGCCUGCCAAGUAACUCCCCAUCUGCCCUGAACCCGAGUGAAAUGAUGCCUCCUUAUAUAAAACAAGAGACCAGCCCAGAGCAGAACUUUUCUCAUGCCCAGGCACAAGUCCUCCACCAGUCCCAGCACAUACCCCACAACCAGGCUCAGCCCCAGCAGCACCACUUCCUCCCCCAGGCCCACCUCCAUCCUCAGAGCCAGCUCCAGCCUCAGGCCCGGCAGCUGCCACCGCUCCCACAGCAUCUCCCACCCCAACAGCCCAUCCAGUUCCCAGCCGUGGGCAGCUCCCAGCCCUUUGACUUUGUCCAGUCACUGGACCUGUGCGAUGGGAUACAUGGAUUCUCAGACGGCAUGUCGGGGCUGGGUGACCUAGGCGGACUGGACGUCCAAGGGAGGAGAGGCGAGCUGGGCUUUUUGAUGAUGGAUGAGCCUUUGUCCCCCAUGGCCGGAGACCCGCUGCUGUCUGCAAUGUCCCCUGAGGCGUCUGUCGACUCCAGCCGCAGAUCCAGCUUUAGCAUAGAGGAUGGAGACAUCAUGUAGAAAUGUAGCGAGGUGGCAGUAAAACUGUAAACAGCAUCAAACAAAAAAUAAGAAAAACCCUAAAAAUAUGCACAAUAUACAAAAAAAUAAUCAAAUAUUUACCAGGUCCAACAUCACACACACUUUGUGGUACAGGUAUCUCUCUUUAACGGUACAGUCCAAACCAGAGGGUGCACCAGUCUCACAGACGUUGUUAGUCAGAGCCGGCCCAAGGCAAAAACAAACUAAGCUGUUGCUCGGGGCCUCCAGGCCAGCAAGAGGUGUCCAUAAGUAUUUGGAUUCUUAAACAGAACAUUGAUCUCAAAUUAUCAAAAUUCUUUUGACUCAUUUAGAAAGCCAAGAAACUCGACGUGUGCACUAUUUGUUAUAAUUUAUUCGUAGUUGCGUCAUUACGUUAUAGAUCACAAUUUAAUGUCAGUAGUUAAAUGUUGCCAGCUGCUUUUGUGUCUGUGCUAGAGUCACAUUUUAAGGACAAUGUAACUAUUUAAAGCAUAAAUUACAAUUAUGCCUCUUUAGUCAUCAAGAGUCAAAAGUGUCACAAUUCAGUACAUCAAUAAGUUGCACAAAAACUUUAUAUAAUAGAUCAUUUAAAUAAAACAAAAUAAAUCACAUGAAUUAAUUAAAUAUCAAAACAAUUUAGAAACAAAGGCAGUUUAAAGUUUGUAUACAUUUUAUGUCAAAAGCAUGCAUAAUGGAAGUCUUUAUUUUAUUCCAUUGUACUAUGAGGCAGCAUAUAGAAAUUAUAUUUAUCCGUUACCUUAACAACACUGCUGUCCAAGAUUUUACUCGUACGCCUCCAUUGGAGCUACUUAAAGUGAACUGGAGUGGGGUCCAAAUCAGAUUCUGCAUUCGGCCGGCUCUGUUUAGAGUAAACAUUUUGCGCGCACACACUCAAGUGCCUGCAAGUUGAUCCGUACAGCUCGAAACUUUGCCUACCAGGCUGAGCAUUUCCGGUGCUGAACCAACACACAGAUCGCUUGUGCAGCACAUUUAGCCUAAUUUCCAGCAGGGUGUCUCUGAAUCCUAUCUGAGCAGAGGACAACACCAGUAGUUAAUUAGAUUGACGGUAUCGGAUGCGAGAGCAAAUGGGGGCAUUGUCUCACGUGAAAGUUAUUUGCCCCCCACCAUCCCCUCCCCAUCUCACCCUUGCGCACCUCUUUUAAUAACCGUAAACGAUUCGGUGUAUGAUAGUUAAUAAAAUGGAAAUAGCUUUAUGGUCCUGCAUACAUAAUUCACCCUGAAGGGGAAGCAGUCUUCUGACAUAGCUGCUCUCCUCACUUUGCUUUUCCACAUUUUUGCUUUGGCCACACAUGUUAGGUGUUGAUAAAGAUCUGAGUUGGCCCUGAUGAAUUGGAGGGAUCUGUGGAGGAGUUCACAUCUUAUGAUUCAGUUUAAAAAGAUAAUUACUCAGUGGGUGGGUGGAAGAAGUCUUCAAUAAACUCUUGGUCCUGCAUGCUUUCAGCACAGCUUGCUAAAGUGAGUGGCUACCAUUAGUACCUUUACUUGCUGUUUUGAUUUGACUUGAAACAUAUCCUAAUGCGGUUUCAGUUAAUUGUGUACAGAUGAAACUUACGGCUUCAUAAAACAUAAAAUUUUAUGCGCAGUGUUUCAGAUCCUUUUUUUUUUUUUUUUUUCUUUUUUAACUGACUGCACAUCUUGCUGGAGGUGCAAAUGCCAUAAUCACAGACAGUGUAACAACGACCAUUAUUGGGAGCAAAGUCCAGUCAAGGACUUCAGUACCGAUCAAACACCUAGAUGGAAAACCUGAUCCGAUUCUUGGGAUAGGAUCCAGACACCCCCAGUCAGGACCUUCACUCUGACACUGUCAAGUUAUGUGAAGUAAUGAAAUUCUUUGGAUGAUCUGAAAGCAUUAACUUUAACUUAUGAGUUGUCAAAAAACUGUCAAAAAAUACUCAGGUAUUGUAACAGAAUGCAAAAAACCCCCAAAACAAGCAAACAAACAAAAAAAAAACAGCAUUUGUUUUGAUCACUCAGUUGUUUCAGAGCCAUGAUCUACACACCCUUGUGUGCCUUUUCAUUUACUUUUCUGCCUCUUUUUACAGCAUGUUUUUAUACAUUUUGGGCCGUACGCAGCUAAGAUUUUUAUAAUCGCAUUCAACCAUGCCUUUUUUCUGUCUGCUUCAGCUAAACUAUGCAGUUUCCGGGGGAUAAACGUAAUUUUAUAUAUGGAGUUUUAAGGGUUUGUGAAUGAGGUCCAACGGGAAAGGCAGGUGAUGUUAGGUUUUAAUGAAGGAGGACUGUGAAAGUUUGGUCAUGCAUUUGGAACAGUUUUGUAAGCACAGAAUCAGAACAUAUGCACACAAACACACUCUUUAGAGAAACGUGUAAAGACUAUGAUGCGGUGCAGUCUUUACAUGUUCACGCAGACGCGGACGGCUGCGGAGGCGAACUUCGCGCCAUCACUCCGGCCGUCAUGGUAACGGCUGAACCAGGUUGAGUCUGUUGUGUCUCUGCUUGGGUUUGACUUUAAUUUGUUGUCGCUUUUGAUCAGAACAGGUAAAGUUGGACAAAAUA